UAAAUACCGUCAGGCUCCCGGUGAUUUCUAAGAGGUGCAGGGAGUGUGGCAGGCAACUCUGUAUUCACUGAACUUACAACUGAACAGUGUGGGAGCCUCACUGAAGAGCAGUAGACACCUGUCAAGAAGCUGCCAUCAUGCUUGGUCUUCCUUUUUCCGGUUUCUGUUUCCUCGUCCUCCUCUUUUCAUUGGCAUCCAGUUCUCCAAUUGGAGAUGGCACUGUGGUGAACACCAAGAGUGGUCCCGUUAAAGGAAAACUACUCUCAGAAAGCUCUAGUUCUGUGAUGGCCUAUCUUGGCAUCCCUUAUGCUGAGCCUCCCUUGGGGAACUUGCGUUUCCAGAAGCCUCGUCCACAUCAGCCUUGGAGUCAAGUCUUGGAGGCUAACAACUUUGGCAAUGCCUGCCCCCAGUUCACUUACCCAGAAUUCCCUGAUUCAAAGAUGUGGGCUCUCAACAGGCCUCUGUCAGAAGAUUGUCUCUUUCUCAACAUCUGGGUGCCUCAUCCACAGCCCUCUACACCAACUCCCAUUCUUGUCUGGAUCCAUGGCGGGUCUGGAUUUUACUCUGGCUCAGCUUCACUGGACUUAUAUAAUGGAGCUUCCUUUGCUGCAAGAGAGAAGGUCAUUGUGGCCUCCAUCAACCACCGCCUGGGUGCUCUGGGCUUCCUUUCUUUGUCACCUGUUAUUCCAGGAAAUAUGGGCCUGUUGGAUCAACAGCUAGCCCUGACCUGGGUCAAGGAGAAUGCAGCUGCUUUUGGUGGAGAUCCUAACAAGAUUACCAUUUUUGGCCACAAUGGUGGGGCAGUUUCUGUGGGUUUGCAUCUCCUUUCUCCAAGAAGCCAGCCACUUUUCAGCCAAGCUAUCCUGCAGAGUGCAGCUCCCAAUUUGCUCUGGGGAUGGAAAAGUCCUGAGGAGGUUAAGCAGAAAACCCUUGCUUUCAGUAAGCUUCUGGGAUGUGAAGGAAGUGAUGAAAAUGCUGUAUUGAGCUGCCUUCAGGGAAAAAAUGCAUCUGAAUUUGGUCAGCAGGAGUUAUCUAUGAUGGAAAAGAGUGAAUUCCUUCUGGAUCUCCCCUUCUUACCAACCACAGAUGGAGACUUUUUGCCCGAGGAUCCACAAAAACUACUUCAGUCGGGACGCAUCCAGGUCAAACCAAUUCUCCUUGGUGGCACUUCCGAUGAAGCAUCUGCUUUUGUGCUGUAUCACUACCCUGAUGUCAAGGAUGGCUUGAUCUCUUGGGAUCAACUUUUAAAAGUGGCAAAGAUGACAAUUCGCAAUGUGAGUGCUGAAGAUGUGAAGGCUGUGGCCUUGAAGUAUAGUGAAGACUAUCAGGGUGCUGCACAGUACCGGUCGGCCAUGAUUCAGAUGAUUAAUGAAUAUGGGUUUUGGUGCCCAUUAGCUGAAUUUACGGCAAAGGUCCAAGAAGCUGGGAGUCCUGUGUAUGCUUACGUCUUCUCUCACCACACCUCUGGUUCAUUCUUCCCUGAGUGGCUAGGGGCACCUCAUGGUGCUGAGCUACCAUAUGUAUUUGGCCAUCUUGAGCUGGCUGUUGCUGUCAACAAAACAUAUACAGAGGCCGAGACUGCAUUUAGCCAUAGGAUCAUGCACUAUUGGGCAGAGUUCACCAGAAAUGGAAAUCCCACAGGGUCAAAGGUCAAGGAGGGAAAAUGGCCCCUCUACAAUGCCAUGCAGCAGAAGGUCUUCCUUCUUAACACUGAGAUGCCUCAAAACCAACAGGUCUCACCAGCCCACCACUGUGAUUUCUUGAAAGCAUAUUCUGCACAGUCAAGCAAAUCUAAUGAGGGCUCUCUUUCACCAAGUGAAGAUGCACAAAACAUCCCUCCCCCACCAAAAUCUCCAAAUAUCCUUUCAUGCUGA